UUAUAAACAAAUAAACCCUUUUAAAUACUCUAUAACCGUGAAAGCAGCUUUCUUAACAGUUAAUGCAAGGUUAUUUAUCAAGUGAAACCUAUAAGUUAGUGUCAGUGUCAUUCCAGAAAAAUUCCAAGUUUGCAUAUAAAAACACGAAAAAAUGAAGAUUGUGGUAAAAAAUAUUAAAGGCGGGAGCAGUAUAGUGGAAGUAAACGAACACACGUCAAUAUUAGACGUCAAAAAAUUGGUUGAAAACGAUAUUAAAAUACCCUGGGCUCAACAAACGUUGGUACUGUUUGGUAAAACUUUACAAGAUGAAAAAUCAAUAGGAGACUAUCCAAAAAUCAAAGACAUGACCAAACUGCAUGCGGCAGUCAAGAAGGCUGAAUCCCUCCAGGUUGUUUUGGCCAGAUUUUUAAGACGAUAUUACUCAGAUGAACAGUGCAAUUUAAUAACGGAGGAAUUUAUGAGAAUUGUGCAGUCGAAAAUGGAUAGUAUGAGUCUGGAUGAUUUGGAGAGAAUAGCUAAGAUAGAAUUGUCAGUGUAAUUGUGAUUUAUUUAAUAAAACAGGUAUUUUUA